AUAGAUACCUGCUUAUAAAACAAGUUUAGCUUGAGUGAACUGUGAAUUGUGUUAAAGAAAAUGUGGAGAAGAGGGUUUAUUGCAGCAAGAAAAUUCUCAUCAUCAUCUCAAUCUGAAAUCCCAACAUUAUAUUCAUUUCUGCAACCAUCAAUCUUUGCUCUAAGAAGGCCUGACCCACCAUCUUCAGACCCACCAAAAGCCCAAGAUGAAAACCCCCCUCGAACUUUAAGCCAAGAUUCUCAAGCCACUCUUGAAUCUACCCUAAAAAAAUCACUUCUUUCCAGCAAUACAGAUGAGGCAUGGAAGUCUUUUAAGACACUUACUAAUGGUUCUGCAUACCCAAGUAAGGUUCUCACUAAUUCUUUAAUUACCCAUUUGUGUUUGAUUAGUGAUACUCAUAAUCUUAAAAGGGCUUUUGCUUCUAUUGUAUUCUUGUUGGAGAAAAACCCAAGAUUGUUGGAUUGUCAGAGUGUUGAAACCCUUUUGAAUUCGAUGAAUACUGCGAAUACUGCGGCUCCCGCUUUUGAGUUGGUUAAAUGUAUGUUUAAGAAUAGGUAUUUUGUGCCUUGUAAGGUAUGGAGUAAUGUACUUAUUGAUCUUAGUAGGAAAAGUGGUAGCUUUAAGGCGUUUGUUAAGGUUUUUAAUGAGAAUUGUAGGAUUGCUAAGGAGGAGAAAUUGGAUUAUAUGACACCUGAUUUGGUUGCCUGUAAUGCUGCUUUGGAGGGUUGUUGUCGUGGUCUUGAAUCCGUUGCUGAUGCUGAGAAUGUGGUUGAGACCAUGUCGGUUUUUAGAGUCUGUCCUGAUGAAACCAGUUUUGGGUUUCUUGCAUAUGUAUAUGCUCUAAAGGGACUUGAGAAAAAGAUUGCAGAAUUAGAGGGUUUAGUCUCUGGGUUUGGUUUUACUGACAUGAGGGUGUUUUUUUGCAAUUUGAUAAGUGGGUAUGUAAAAGCUGGUAAUAUGGAAUCUGUUUCACGAGCUGUCCUCCGCUUUUUAAGAGAAGGGAAUGGAAAAUAUUCAAAUUUUGCUGAAGAAACUUACUGUGAGGUUGUCAAAGGAUUUCUUGAACUUGGAGGGAUAAAAGAUCUAGCGACUUUAAUAAUUGAAGCUCAAAAGUUGGAAUCUUCCACUAUCACAGUUGACAAAUCUGUUGGAUAUGGCAUUGUAAGUGCUUGUGUUAGUCUUGGGUUAUUGGAUAGAGCACAUAUUGUUCUCGAUGAAAUGAAUGCACAAGGAGGUUCUGUGGGGCUCGGAGUCUAUGUAUCAAUCUUAAAGGCUUACUGCAAAGAGCAGCGAACAGCUGAAGCUGCGCAACUGGUUACAGAAAUUAGUAGUUCCGGGCUUCAACUGGAUAGUGGUAGCUUUGAUUCUCUAAUAGAUGCAUCCAUGUCAUGCCAGGAUUUUCAAUCAGCUUUUUCCCUUUUUAGAGACAUGCGAGAAGCAAGAAUACCUGAUUUGAUGGGGAGUUAUUUGACUAUAAUGACUGGUCUAACAGAGAAUCAUCGGCCUGAGCUUAUGGCAGCAUUCUUGGAUGAGGUUGUUGAGGAUCCCCGAAUCGAAGUUGGUACCCAUGACUGGAAUUCUAUCAUCCACUCCUUCUGUAAAGCUGGUCGGCUGGAAGAUGCUAGGAGGACUUUUAGAAGGAUGACCUUUCUCCAGUUUGAACCAAAUGAACAAACUUAUUUGUCUCUCAUUAAUGGGUAUGCAACAGCACAGCAGUACUUCAGUAUAUUGAUGUUGUGGAAUGAGGUUAAGAGAAAGGUUUCAGUUGACGGACCGCAAAGGUUAAAGUUUGAUACAAGCUUAGUUGAUGCUUUCUUAUACACACUAGUGAAGGGUGGCUUCUUCGAUGCCGUGAUGCAAGUAGUGGAAAAAUCUCAAGAGAUGAAAAUUUUUGUUGACAAGUGGAGGUACAAGCAAGCAUUCAUGGAAAAUCACAAGAAGCUAAAAGUUGCCAAGUUAAGAAAGAGAAACUAUAGGAAAAUGGAAGCCCUCAUUGCUUUUAGAAAUUGGGCUGGUCUCAAUACAUAGUGCAACUAGAACCAAGAUUUUAUAUUCAACGUCUUUCACUUCAGCUAUCCCAGUAGUUGCUGAUCAUAUUGGUUGGCCAGUUUUUGAUCAGUGUAUACUGGGCUUCUACAUUAAGUAAACACAUCAGCUUUCUGUCUUCUCUUUGGCAUCUCACUUUAGAGGACAUGACCCUAAUUGAAAUAUACUAGUAUAAGGGUGUCAUUUCUUCCUGGCAACAAGGGGGUAUGACCACGUGGUCUACUUAUGGAAUAUGUGUGUACAUUAUUAAUUGUUUUUUGUUUUGUUUGACCAAUACAGUUUAAUUGCUCAACUUUGAUACCAACAGUUUAAAGUACAUACGAUAAUUUGGAUUUUAGAACGAAGUAUUUUGAUCAACAAUCUGCAGCAUUUUGGUUGUUUCUAGAAAUCAAACGUAUGUGAACUUAUCCUGAAGCAUUGAUUAUAUAUGGAAGAUUAAAUAAUUGUCUGCAAAUGUGGGUAAACUGUCCAUAGAUUCAUUUUCUUCCAAGGCCCUGGUGUUUCUGGAUUUAAGCUUGAUUUAUUUUUAAAUAAAAAGCAAGUUUGAAUCACACUCAUCUCUGAAGUUGAUCCAAGGGUGAUCUCUGUUGCUACAUUGUGGUUCCAUAGAAAAAGGUUUUAAAGAUUUGAAUCAGGUUCUGUAUUUGGCAUUAGAUAACCUACCAAUAUGAUGAAAGUUGAAGGAGCAGUCAGCCCUUUCAAAGACAGUACUCUCCGUGUUUCAGGCACAAAAGGUUCAGAUGGACGUUGUGCCCCUCUUCUGAUUGGAGCUGAGAUUUCCGCCUAUGUACAUGGUCAAUGAUUUGGUGUAAGUGGCCAAUUGGCAAAGGUUUGGCUGUAAAUGGCCGAGCUGCAUCAUUGUCUAGAGACUCUAAACUGGCCAAGCUAUAAUUGCUUCUAUUCAAGUGAGUUGGGCGUUCUUCUUUACUGCUUUAAUCUAGUAGGUCAUGUUCUUCUUUACUGCUGCUCCAGGUGUUGACUUAAAAGUUGAACCGUGAUUGUUUCGUGCCUAAUUACAUUGUUGUAAAAAGAUUGUGGUCCCAAAUCCUUGUAGAUUUACAAGGUCAAAGUAGAUUUGUGCUGUAAAUUAAACCAGGAUUAGACCUUUGCCAUCAUUAGAUAAUUCGAAAAUGGGCGAGUCUUCUUUCACUGAA